CAGCAGGCAAAGGCGGUUGAAUUUAAAAUUCUCGAAUCAGGAGUCGCGCGAGGUGAUUGGUCGGUGGCGGCCUUCGGGGGUUCAAAUUCACUUAGAACCCAGGUUUAAUUCCUGGUUUAAACAAUGGAUGAAAAUUAUUCCGUGUUUCCAGAGGCUAAUGCUGAAAUCGGGGAAGGGAAAUGCAAGAGGAGACAGUCGGGUAUUUUGAAAGUUUCGAAGAGCCCACUUCGAAUUUUGAAAGAAGCUGACGUCAACCAGAAGAUGGAGCAGGUGGGAAAACUCCGGAGGAGCUCUCGAAGAGUCAGCUUUGCAGAGACUAAAGAAGUGAAGGAGUUUGUGACUGAUAAAAUGAUGAUGAUAAUGCAAGAUGCAGAAAAUGGGAAAGACAGCCAUAAGGAGAACCAGCAGAAUGAGUUAGAAAGGGACAUGAUGCCACUAAAUACAAAUUUCAGCAUUGCUGGAAUGGAUGCACUGCUUCAUGCACCUCUCCGAACCCCUUUGCAACAAUUUAAGCCCUGUGAUUACAAUGAGACCGUCAGGAAACAUCAUAUCUUCCCCAAUUCUGGCAUUGAAAUGCGAAGAGAAGAUCCAGUCAAGUCUUCUGAAGCAAACGUUACUUCUAGGCUUCCAAAAAAAAUUGACUUAAAAUCUUUCUUGACUGGAUUUGAUUCUACAGAACCAACAUAUACCAAUGUGUACUUUGACACUGGGGAAGAGGGUGCUAAUAGGUCCUUCAGCUCUAUUGGACAAAAUGAGGUUCCUAAACAGCAAAAGACAAUUGAUUUUAAAACAUUCUUAAAUAGCAUAAAGCAAAGUGAAGCAGACGAAAAUAAAAUGGUGUCGAUGUCCUCCAUCUUUGAAGAACAGCUAUUGAAACAGACAGACUUUGGCUUUCCUUCAGCUUGUGGCACAGCUAAAGACAUUGAGAAAGCAAAUGACUUGGUGCUGCAAAUUAAUUCUAACAACAACUUGGAUCCAAACAGGACUGUCCUAUUUCUGGACCAGGACAAUGAUAUGGAGUUCACCAGAAGCCACACUGUUGCUAUUAACCAUUUUGCCAUGGGAAAUGCUACCACUCCUCGUUCAUUAACAGAGCCUAAAAAUGCAGAGAGAUUAGAUGCUGAAGGGUCAACUCAUUCUUCCUUUCUUCAAGAUAAGACUGUUGUAUUUUCAGGAGAAGAUUAUUUGGAUAUGACCAGAAGUCAUACUGCACCUAUUGAUGUUGGCAAGGUAGAGCACCUAACGAAUCAAAAUCAACUAACAGCUAUCACGAUUCAAAAAAAAGACAGAACAAUAUUGACCUCUUUUACCCCAAAUGAACACACAAUAUUCUCAGAUAAUGGAUAUCGUAAUAAGAUUAACCAAAGUGAAGCUUUAGGUCCAAAUAAAUUGACCUCCAGGUCAUCUUUUCCCAGCGGUAAGACCAUUGUAUUUUCAAAAGCAAAUGAUAUGGAUAUAACCAAAAGUCAGGGAAUCACAUCUGACAUUGGAAGCCUAGGGCAAGUUAGAAAUGAAGCGAAGGAUUCAGAUGAAAUGACCUUCAGACGGAAUGCUACUGGGUCUGUUCUGUCGUCAUUUCCCAGUGAUGAGACCAUGGUGCUUUCAGAAGCAAAUGAUAUGGACAUAACUAAAAGCCAUGCAGUCACAAUUGACAGUGAAAGCAUUGAACAAGUUACAAAUGAAGCAUUGGGUUUUACUAAAAUGACCUCCAAGCUGAACGUUGCUGGAUCGGUACGACCAUCUUUUCCCAGUGAUCAAACCAUGAUGUUUUCAGAAGCAAAUGAUAUGGACUUCACAAAAAGCCAUACAGUCAAAAUUGAAACUGGAAACCUUGCACAAAUUACAAAUAAAGCAUUGGCUUCGACGAAACUGACCUCAAGACGGAAUACUGUUGAAUCUUUUCUGUCAUCUUUUCCCACUGAAAAGACUAUGGUGUUUUCAGAUACAAAUGAUAUGGACAUCACAAAAGGUCAUACAGUUGCUAUUGAUAGUGGAAAACUUGGACUAAUUACAAAUGAAACAUCAGGCUCAACUAGAAUGACCCCCAGACUGUCUGCUGCUGAAUGUCCUCCAUUAUCCUUUCCCAGUGAUCAGACCAUGAUGUUUUCAGAAGAAAAUGAUAUGGACAUAACAAAAAGCCAUACAGUUGCGAUUGACAGUGGAAACCUUGUACCAGUUGCAAAUGAAACAUUGGCUUUGACGAAACUGACCUCGAAUUGGAGUACUGUUGGAUCUAUUCCAUCUCUUCCCACUGAAAAGACCAUGGUGUUUUCAGACGCAAAUGAUGUGGACAUCACCAAAAGUCAUACAGCUCCAAUUGUCAAUAUAAAUCCAAGGCAAGUUAGAAAGGAAACAAUGGGUUUUACUAGAGUGACCUAUAAUCUGGGUGUACCUGGAUCAAUACAAUCCUUUCCCAGUGAUAAGACAAUGGUGUUUUCAGAAGCAAAUGAUAUGGACAUAACAAAAAGCCAUACAGUCACAAUUGACAGUGGAAACCUUGGACAAGUCGCACAGGAAACAUUGGCUUUGACAAAACUGCCCUACAUAGGCAGUAAUGUUGGAUCUAUUCCGUCAUCUUUUCCCACUGAUAAAACCAUGGUGUUUUCAGAAGCAAAUGAUAUGGACAUAACCAAAAGUCGUACAGCUCCAAUUGACAAUGGAAACCUUGGGCCAGUUGUGAAUUGGACAGAGACUUCAAGUACAUCCUUUCCUCGGGAUAAGACCACGGUGUUCUCAGAAGCAGAUGAUAUGGACAUUACCAAAAACCAUACAGUUGCAAUUGGGAGUGAAAACCUUAGGCCACUUGCAAAUCACACAAUGGAUUUAGAUAAAAAGGCCUCCAAUGUGAAUACUGUUGGGCCUGUUCUGUCAUCCAUUCCCAGUGAUAAGACCCUGGUGUUUUCAGAAGCAAAUGAUAUGGACAUGACUAAAAGUCAUACAGUUCCAAUUGAGUAUAGAAACCUUGGGUCAGCUGCAAAUCAUAAAACAGGUCCAAAUAAAAUGACCUUGAGACAGAGUACUGUUCAAUCUAUUCAGCCACCUUUUUCCAGUGAUGAUACAAUGGUGUUUUCAGAAGCAAAUGAUAUGGACAUAACCAGAAGUCAUACUGUUGCCAUUGAGAGUGGACAAGUUGCAAAUGAAAUGAAAGGUUCCAUGAGGCUGACGUCCAUUGGGCGCACUGCUGGGUUGGCUCUAUCAUCUUUUCGCAAUGAUAAGAUCAUGGUGUUUUCAGAAGCAAAUGAUAGGAACAUAGCCAAAAGUCACACAGUCACAAUUGACAAUAAAAGCGGUGGACAAGUUACAAAUAAAGCACUGGGUUUUUCUAGAAUGACCUCCAAACUGAAUGUACCUAGAUCAAUACUACCAUCCUUUCCCAGUGAUAAGACCAUGAUGUUUUCAGAAGCAAAUGAUAUGGACAUAACAAAAAGCCAUACAGUCACAAUUGAUACUGUAAACCUUGGACAAGUUACAAAUGAAACUUUGGCUUCAAUGAAAUUGACCUCAAGACAGAGUACUGUUGGAUCUAUUCUGUCAUCUUUUCCCAGUGAAAAGACCGUGGUGUUUUCAGAAGCAAAUGAUAUGGGCAUCACCAAAAGCCAUACGAUUGCAAUUGAGAGUGAAAACCUUUGGCCAGUUGCAAAUCAUACAAUGAAUUUAGAUAAAAAGGCCUCCAUUGAGAAUACUGUUAGGUCUAUUCCAUCAUCCUUUCCCAGUGAUAAGACCCUGGUGUUUUCUGAUGCAAAUGAUAUGGACAUAACUAAAAGCCAUACAGUCACAAUUGAUAGUGGAAAUCUUGGACAAGUUACAAAUGAAACUUUGGCUUCAAUGAAACUGACCUCAAGACAGAGUACUGUUGGAUCUAUUCUGUCAUCUUUUCCCAGUGAAAAGACCUUAGUGUUUUCAGAAGCAAAUGAUAUGGACAUCACCAAAAGCCAAACGAUUGCAAUUGAGAGUGAAAACCUUUGGCCAGUUGCAAAUCAUACAAUGAGUUUAGAUAAAAAGGCCUCCAUUGAGAAUACUGUUGGGUCUAUCCCAUUAUCCUUUCCCAGUGAUAAGACCCUGGUGUUUUCUGAUGCAAAUGAUAUGGACAUAACUAAAAGCCAUACAGUCACAAUUGAUAGUGGAAAUCUUGGACAAAUUACAAAUGAAACUUUGGCUUCAAUGAAACUGACCUUAAGACAGAGUACUGUUGGAUCUAUUCUGUCAUCUUUUCCCAGUGAUAAGACCCUGGUGUUUUCAGAAGCAAAUGAUAUGGACAUAACUAAAAGCCAUACAGUUGCUAUUGAAAGUGGAAACAUUAGUCCAGAUGCAAAUCAUACAAUGGGUUCAAAUAAAAUGACCUCUAGGCGGAGUAUUGCUAGAUCUACUCUGUCAUCUUUUCCCAGUGAUAAGACCCUGGUGUUUUCAGAAGCAAAUGAUAUGGACAUAACUAAAAGCCAUACAGUUGCUAUUGAAAGUGGAAACAUUAGUCCAGAUGCAAAUCAUACAAUGGGUUCAAAUAAAGUGACCUCUAGGCGGAGUAUUGCUAGAUCUACUCUGUCAUCUUUUCCCAGUGAUAAGACCCUGGUGUUUUCAGAAGCAAAUGACAUGGACAUAACUAAAAGCCAUACGGUUCCAAUUGACAGCGGAAGCCUUGGAAAAAUUACAAAUGAAGCUUUGCGUUCACCCAGAAUAAUCCCCAGACUGAUUGACACUGGCUGUUCUCUAUUAUCCUUUCCCAGUGAUAAGACCAUGGUGUUUUCAGAAGCAAAUGAUAUGGACUUAACUAAAAGCCAUACAGUUGCUAUUGAAAGUGGAAACAUUAGUCCAGAUGCAAAUCAUACAGUGGGUUCAAAUAAAAUGACCUCUAGGCGGAGUAUUGCUAGAUCUACUCUGUCAUCUUUUCCCAGUGAUAAGACCCUGGUGUUUUCAGAAGCAAAUGACAUGGACAUAACUAAAAGCCAUACGGUUCCAAUUGACAGCGGAAGCCUUGGAAAAAUUACAAAUGAAGCUUUGGGUUCACCCAGAAUAAUCCCCAGACUGAUUGACACUGGCUGUUCGCUAUUAUCCUUUCCCAGUGAUAAGACCAUGGUAUUUUCAGAAGCAAAUGACAUGGACAUAACCAAAAGUCAUACAACUGCUAUUGAAAGUGACAGCCUUAGGUCAGCUACAAGUGAGGCGUUAGGUUCAGAUAAAGUAGCUUCCAGAUUCAAUGCUCCUGGGUCUGUUUUGUCAGCCCUCCCCAACAAUAAGCUCUUGGUUUUUGAGCAAGUUACACCAAUUACAAAAAUGGAUACAGUAACCAUUUGUGAUAAGCAUGAUAUAUCCACUAAUCACAAAAUUUCCCAAUUGGUGCUUGAAAAGGGGAAAAGGUGUUUUGGUAACCAUUCAGGCAAUGCAGAAUUUGCCAGCAUUCAAAAGUCAGUUGAAAACACCAUUUGUAAGGUUAGUUGUGCUGUCCAUAAACUUGGUCCUGAUUCUGAUCCUUUGACUGGGAACAUGGAGGUCACCACCCUGAAUAUGGACGGUGGGACAGAGCAAGAAGGAGAGCCUGUUAGUUCAACAUGUGUAGCUGAAGUUCAUGAAAAAAUGAAUGGGAAAGGAAUCAAAAAAUUUGUGCUAUGCACCGAGAACUCUUUGGAUUCAAUUCUGACGUGUAACAAUGACAAAAUUCAGGAGAAGAGAUCCCCAGUCGAUCAAAGCAGGGAGGCAGCUUCUGAGAAAUUUCUUAAACAUCAAGUUAGUGAUGCUCAAUCCGAAGGUACUGUGAACAGUGUAAUAACUGAAUCUAUAAGUACAGCAAAUAAAAAUCUGGGACAUAAUCAAUCCAGAAAGUUAAGUCUUGCUAAUAUGCCAUCACUUCAGAAAUUGAACUCUAUGACCAAUGUGACUUAUGACACUGUAUUAGAAAGGCCUCCAGUAGGUGACAAAGGUCCGACAAAGUGUCAAACAUGGGAUGCAAAGACAUGGUUCUCAAAACAAAACUUACUUGUUAGGGACACAUUGAAAUAUAAAAUCUCUCUGGGCAACUUUCCUCCUAAACUGCCUAGUAGAGAAAAUCUAUACAACGUUGUAAAUUCAAAUAAUCAAAAUGUAGCAACAUCAGGAGAACAUCUCAGCUCUAGUUCACUUCUGAAUAUCAUGUGUAAAUCAAACAAACUUGAGGUAAAUUCAAAUAUGCCCGAACCUAAUGUCGAUCCUAAAAAACACCCAGGUAUUCCGAUUGAAAGCCAAACGAAUGAUCAUGACCAAGCAGAAAACAAAAUAUUUGAUCAAACGGAACCAUCUCACUGCUUGAAGUCCAGUGAAGUGCACUGUCUCACCAUCCCUGAACAACUUGGAAACGAAGCUUCAACUGCUUUUGAACAACAUGAAAAUGUUACAGGUGGUCAAGAUCAAGAUCUUGGCAGUUUGAAAAUGAUUAAAUCAGUAGAACAAAGACUUUACCAAAAACGAGCAUGGCGUGAAGAGGAGGCAAAUGAAAAUCCGUGCAGUAAAAGAAAAAUGAGAAAUUUGGGACUUGAAGACACUGAUUCUUCAAGACAUAAGACCAGCACUGCUCCUGUCGUGCAAUGGGAAGGUAUGGGGCAUAAAAUCAUGGAAGAAAACCUACUCAGUAUGACGACAAAAAGCCUGGAUAGUAACAGUUCCUUAGAUUCAACCAAAGGAGAUGGGACCUCUGCAGUUGCUGUCACUCCAAGAUGUAACCUGAAUACAUCCCUAGUGAUUAUUGAAGAGUCUGAGUUGCAUGAGAAAUUGAUGGAUGGCCAGAUCACAGUCCGAGAAUUUUUCAAACUCUUGAAAGUUCAAACCCAUGCACAGAAAUCUCGCCAGAGUGAGCUACAAGUUAAUGUUGAAUUGGACAAGUCUUCAGCUGUCGAAAAUUGGCUGGCAGUGAAGUUUAUUCACCGACCAAAGCGGGAAGUCUAUGAAGAGGACAGCAGUACUCUCUCUGCAGCCGUAGCUGAACUGAAGGACCAGUUGUUAGAUCUUGAUAAACUCCUAUCAGAGGUGAACCUUCCUCUGUGGAAAGAUGUGAUGCAAAUGACAGAAGAGGAGUUGCAACAGUUUCGUUCCUGUCUGAAUGCCAAGAAAACUACUUUUGUGAAAAAAACCAAAGUGAUCUGCCAUGAGCAAAAAGUUGAACUCUAUUCAGCACAGUUGAAUAUGUUAAAGGCACAACGACAGCUGAGGAGCGAGUAUGAGAAUUCUUUGGAUGAUAUGCUACACAAAAUAGAUGACUGUCUUGCAUCACUAGAUCUCGCAAAUUUGGAUCAUCUGGGAGUGUGCAGGAUUGAUGUCAUUGACAACGAUGAGAAUAUGAUGCAGCUGGAGCAGACUGUGGCAGACAAACGAGAAGAGCUGAAGAAACUUCAGGCAGAACACCAUGACGUGGAAAGUCAACUCGCCAAAGUUAUUGCUGAAAAAGAGCUACAGGAAAAAGCUGCCCACCUGUGCGAUUUGAAGCAAGAAUUCCAGGAGCUGUUAGAAUGGACAUUAUUUCUGUACCAGGAUGGGCAGGCUGUUUACAGAUUUCUGUACGAGUCCCUGGAACUUACCUUGAAGUUUGGCGAGCCUGAGUGUGGUGGGGUCUCUUCUGGUGAGAAGUGCAGGAGAAUCCUUGACAUUAAUCUUAUAUCUACCUUGGAUGAAGGUGAGGCUCCAUUACACUCAAAGCUUGUUCAUGAGCUAAUUAUGACAUACUGGGAGAGCCAAGGCAGCUGGCAUGACAUUUACACAAAUGAAUCACAGCUCCCCAUGCUCUUACUUGAUGUCUCCCUAGUGGUGGGUCGAUGUCGGUUGCUUGGGGAUGAAUUGGAAUAUUUGCUGAACUGGGGAUCAAAAUUUGACAUUCUGAAGACUGAGAUUCAACAAAUGGACGUGAAGUAUCUUUUCUCGAGUUACGAUGCAUUGUCGAAAUUUGAGCUUACAUUUCAUUUCAAGCCAAGCUAUCCAUGGUGCCCUCUGCAGUUCACGUUUAACUCUUGGUUCGGAAACAUCAGUGGUGAACAUAUAAAUGAAAUCCUGCUGACAGUAAAACCAGGACCCAAGUACCUCACCAGGAUCAUGAAGUGCCUCUUCCUGACGCUGCUCAUCAUUCCAGGAACUAAUAGAUUCCAGCUACAACAUUCAUCUCCCUAACUAGGAAAGAAAGAAUGAGCGUUCAGCUGUCUUUCCCAAAUCAAAUCAGGAGCAACUUCCAGCUAUCAUUCUCAUCUGUACUAUUGAGCCUUUCAAUAAGCUUUGUAUAAUGAGACAACAAUGGAUUGGAACUUGAAGUUGCAGCGAAUUAUAAUACCUGAUGGUGAGGAACUGUUUUUGAAUGUGGCUUAGACUGAAAAGAUGAAAGUCUUCCUUUCUUGGCUGCAAGGAGCCCAUGUAAAUUUGAGUUUGGGCAGUUCCAAGUGGACAUGGGCCUACAGAACAAAAUCUGCCUAUUAAGUUGGCCAUUUUGUUCUGAAAAGCUGCAAAGAUUGCUUAAGUGACACUGGUGAAAUAGGUGGUGAUCUGGGGUGGGGGUUAAUUAAUAUUGUGGUAUUUUCCCUGCUACACUGGUAUAAAUGACACACUUAUUUUUUUACACACAGCACAGAAGGCGGCGUCAUUCAUUGUCAGUACAGAGCACAAGGAAAUUUACCCCAGUGACCCAACUACCCAAGUGGGUGAUAUAUACUCCAUUCCCCAGCACUUAAUUAUUUCGCCUAGACUAGCACAAAGUAUACACUUUCUUCCUCUGGCAUUAAGAGUGUGAAGUAUUUGUGCUGUAAUUUGUGUAUCUUUUAUUGUAAUUAAAGAAUUUGUAUAUCA